AUGGAGGCCGCUCCCCGGGUCAGAUCCGGCCUCCUUAGAAUUCUGGUGCAGGUUGGGAGGCUCUGUGCGAUGCUGAUCCAGAACCGCAGGCACCUGUACGACUUCCUGCUCCUCAAGAUGGCCGCCUUUCAGCAGUGGGUGCUGGGACUGGCCCAGGAGGCCCGGGGCUCUGGCGGCGACCAGGCUCGCCUGCUUCCGGGAGUCAUCAUAACCUGUCCCCUGAGCUUGGCCCUUCAAGCUGGACUGGCAUUGCUUUGGGUCCCCCUGUGGUUGCUGCUCUGGGGACCCAGGUUGGCAUACAACAUCGGGCUGGGCUGCACUCGUACCGUGAGACUGGCCCUGUGGCACUUAGGUGUCUGGGAACCUCUGGGCCUGUCUGCCACCACCUUCAGGGACCUGUGUAUCUCCUGUCUGCAUGGCCUGAUGCUGGUGGCCUUGCUGAUGCUGCUGUUGACCUGGAGGCUGGUGCAGAAAGCCCAUCGCUUUACUCUGGGCUGGUUGCCCAGCCAGAAUUCUGUGUUGCUGGAAGCCCUGGCCCGGCUGAGACGGCUCUACUUGUGGGUGGAGCACAUGACCACAGUCACUUCCUGGAACCUGGCCUAUCUUGUCACUUGGACCACCUGUCUUGCUUCUCACCUGCUUCAGGCUGCCUUUGAACACACAGCCCAACUGGCCCAGGCUCAGGAAGCCAAAUCCCAGGAGACCUCAGGGCCCCCUUCGCCUCAGUUCUUAAUUCCAGAGUCCUCCACCACUGAGGCUGGGCCCUUCCCAUCCCAGCCUGGAACCCCCGGAGAAUAA